AUGGCGCCCGCACCAGAAUCGUAUAUCUACAAUCUCGGCUCCUUCCACCGCAAGGUCAGCACUGCAAGCCCUGCGGCCCAAGUAUGGUUUGAUCGGGGCCUGAUCUGGAGCUACGGAUUCCACCACGAGGAGUCGGCAAGAUGUUUCCAAUACGCGACAGAAGAGGACCCCACGCUUGCAAUGGCUUACUGGGGACGCGCUUUUGCCCUAGGGCCAAACUACAAUAAGCCCUGGGAACUAUUCGAUCAGGAAGAAUUGAAGGCUAGCAUUGAGCAGAUCAAUAUUGCGAACGCAAAGGCAAAAGAGCAUUCCGCAGGAUCGACGGAGAUCGAACAGGCUCUCGUAGACGCCAUCCAAUCUCGCGUACCGAAGAGCUUGGACGACAUACAUUUCCGCGCUUGCAACGAAGCAUAUGCCGAAGCUAUGGCCUCGGUAUACCAGAAGUUCCCUGACGAUCUUGAUGUCGCUACUCUCUAUGCAGAUGCUGUCAUGAACCUUUCCGCAUGGGACCUUUGGGAUCUAAAGACCGGUGAGCCUAGACCUGGCGCUCGAACACUGGAGGCAAAGGCAGUCCUGGAAACCGCAUUAGCACAGGACGGCGUGUACCGACACCCCGGUGUACUACACAUGUUCAUCCACCUAAUGGAGAUGUCCAAGACACCAGAGGCUGCAUUGGUUGCCGCGGAUCACCUCCGCAACCUCUGUCCAGAGGCUGGGCAUUUGGUUCACAUGGCCAGCCAUAUCGACGUUCUCGUAGGGGACUAUCGACGUGCCGCUGCUUCAAAUGCAGAGGCAUGUAUCGCUGACGAGAAGUUCUUCUCUGAACAAGGCGGCGACGACUUCUACACGAUCUACCGAGUGCAUGAUUAUCAUUUCCUUGCAUACGCGGCAAUGUUUGCAGGUCAAUAUCACGUUGCAAUCGAUGCGGUCGCAAGAUUAGAGCUUUCGCUUACCCCAGAGCUUGUGGCGAAGCUCGCGGAUUUCCUCGAGAUGUUUGCCGGCAUCCGCGUAGAAGUACUUGUCCGCUUUGGGCGAUGGGACGAUCUCCUUGCGCUCGAGGUGCCGCGAGAGGAAGACCAAGCAUUAUACGCGGUGACCACUGCGAUGAUCCACUACGGCAAAGGGGUGGCAUAUGCAGCGAAAGGCGACGUUGAGAAAGCGUCGGAGGAGCGCGACGAGCUUUAUGCAGCUGUGGAUAGAAUCCCAUCAUCGCGCAUAUCCGUUACGCCUGUCAACAAAAGCAUCACGGUGAUGCAGGUUGCCAAAGACAUGCUCGACGGCGAGCUUGAGUAUCGCAAAGGCAAUUACGAUGUCGCGUUCAAGCACCUCGAGACGGCGGUUGAGCGCGAAGAUGCACUCAAUUACGCAGAGCCGUGGCCAUGGAUGAUGCCGAGUCGUCAUGCAUACGCAGCUCUCCUCCUAGAGCAAGGCCACAUGGAGAAGGCGGCCAAGGCAUAUGCAGCAGAUCUUGGGCUGGACGAUUCGAUUAUCAGGGCUCGACAGCAUCCGAACAACGUCUGGGCGCUGCAGGGGUAUGUGGAGUGCUUGGGCAAGCUGGGGAGGUCUGACGAAGCGAGGAUCAUAGGGCAGCAAUUGAAGAUUGCGCAAGCGGUUGCUGAUGUGGAUGUGCAAUCCAGUUGCUACUGCCGGACGUCGUGCUGCGGGACCUGA